ACGUGCAAAAAAAAGUGACAGGAAGAGAGAGAGGGAGAGAGAAAGAGAGAGAAAAAUUCAUAAGCUAUUCCUUCAAUCCUUUUGUCUAAACUCCACCCCGUUUUUUUUUUUUUUCUAAUAUUUGAUCAUCGUCGAGAAUAUUCCCUGCAGUGAAACACAGUGAGGUUUACAUAUGUCAGUGAAGUACAAACGUUUCUCUGAAUAUCAACUGCAAUCAUUUUUUACAAAAGAUGGUAGAUAGAUAAUGUGAAAGUAUAAGCUGUUGGAAUUGAUGCAACGUGUUUUGAACAAUCCAAUUUAUUCCUCCAUAAUUUCAACAUGAUCGUUCAGCAUACUUGUUGGAAAUGACAAGAUUAUUACUGGCUUAAGAAACUGGCUAAGAAAUUGUUAAGUCAUAAUCUCUCGAAAAGAAAAAAAAUUGGAAAUGGCAGUGAGAUUGGCGUUAUAAUCAUAGGCAUGAUCAUCAAACGAGUUGAAUGAUCACUAUAAAAACAAGUCUACCGGUGAAGAGAAAUGAAAAGAGGAAGGUGGUGGGGGUAAAGGAAGAAACACGAAUGAUCUUAUCUCGUCGUGAACGAGCGCAUUUUCAGCGCACGAAUCGACAGAAUAUUCUCAAAGAAAAUCACAGUGAUCGUGGACGUUCAAGGUUGUCGAUAAAAAAAAAAGAAUUGACGAAUAACUGUGGACCGAUACGUUGAUAAUCAUGGAUAAAAACGAUGUCCUGGUUAAUCUUCAUUAUUUACCUAUCAUACUAUUCGUUUCCUUGCCAUCGAUAUUCUUAGUCACGUAUAUCAUAGCUGUAUUAUCGGAUCACGUAGAAGCAGGAUUUCCUUAUAUCUCAGACGUGGCAACCUCAGCACCAGAAAGUUGCAUAUUCGCUCAGUUUAUGAACAUGAUCGCUGCGCUCAUGUGCCUCGUCAUCUACAUAAGAUACUCUCAAGUGAAAGAAUGUACCAGCGCAUUUCGUUUACAAGCAUCUUUACCAAGAUGGAAUUAUUGGGCCUUGAUUCUUGGCCUAACGACUACCCUAGGUGUCUCAAUUGUAGCAAACUUUCAAGAAACAUCGGUCCUUGUUGUACACAUGAUCGGUGCAUUUUUAUGUUUUGGUGGUGGUACCGCAUAUUUUUGGACACAGGCUGUUUGUUCAUUCUAUUUGCAUCCACUGGGAUGUUCAUUAAGAAUGGCCCAUCUACGAACAGCUUUAUCAACAUUUUGCACAGUCUGCUUCUUCGUCAUAUUCAUCACCGGAGUUUUGGCAAGUCUGGCAUAUAAAGGUACUAAUCCUCAGAAAUGGUACAGAGCUGACGGUGGUUGGGAACUUCACGUUGCUAGUACUGUAACCGAAUGGAUUUGUGCAAUCGCAUUUUGUUUCUAUAUUUUGACGUUCACUGAUGAAUUUCGUGACAUUAGGAUGAGCCAUCCAAAGGUGAGCAGAGGUACCGGUGUUUAUGUAAACCUACUUUCUCAUUCGCCAGUUGAUACACCAUGUCCUGGAUAUCGAUAUCGAGAAAAUAGGGAUGCAUUAUUGGAUGAUGUCGCACCAUUAAUGGCUACGACACCACCUAACGAAAGAAAAACUGAUGACCUCUGCCCGGUACAAAUACACGUGCAUGAUUCAGCAAUCAGAGAACGUCGUCGUCAAGGAUUGGAAAAAAGAAAGGAACGUGAAGAAAAAAUUAAUGUAGCUCAAGAAGACGAUUCUCAUCGGUGGAUCGACUUGGAUGAUAACGCCCUUGACGGUUAUAUACUAAUCGAUGACGGUUGCGUCGAAUCUGCAGUGAUUCAUCAAGAAAAGAACUUUCCUGACUUCGACAAUGACGUAGACUUCGACGAUGACGCUGGUAGUCACGGUAAUUAUAAGUCAAGUAUACUAGCUAAACGACCUUGGACCAGACAGGUUGACUCCGAUCUUGAUGAUUCAACCAUUUAUCCACUUGCCAACAGCCAUGGCAAUGCUUAUCAAGAGUCCACCAGUCAUAACGAAUAUUCUAGAUUAUAUACCGAACUUUCGGCUAAAAAGGAAGCUGAAGAUCGUCGUCGUCGACGUUGUCAUCAUCAGGAAGAUGGCGAAUACGCUAUAGCGAAUAGUCAUGGAGAUAAAAAUAUAUUGGGUAUUAGAGGACGUACUUGUAGCGAGAGAUUAGAAUCAGAACGUCUUUCCUUGAGAAAUCCUAAAGCUGAUGUUAUUAAUUACGAAAUAGCUAACAGUCAUAGUAAUUAUCGUGUGUUUUAUGAUAGCCAGACUCAACAUCAGGAUAUCCAGCCUAACGAAUCCUGGAAAGAUAAGUUAGACAAAAAUCAAGACACUACUAACGAGGUCGAAGAUAAACAUGAAAAAUCAACUAAUUCUCCUCUCUCGAAAAAAUUAGAUAACAAAUCGGAAGACACUAGUUGUGACAUAGAACAAUGUCUUGUACAAAUCGAAGAGAGUUUAUUGAACAUCGAACAAAAUUUACUUCACGUACAAGAUUUAGACUUACCUGAAUUAAGAAAUCUUCUUUACAAGAGUCCAAGUAUCGAGAGAAGUUUAUACGAGAUGCAGGAUCUUCUUUACGCUGAUAGCAUCGUACCGGUGAUAAAAAGAAACAAAUCGUUGUCUCUGGAAUCAGAGGAAGAUGAAGAGGAGGAUGAAGAAGAGGACGAAGAAGAAGAAGAAGAAGCCUGGGUCGAAGAAAAAUUAACCAUCAAGGAUGACGACGACGAAGACGGUGACGCAAAUCCUUGUCCAUUCAAUGGUGGUUCCAACGAAGAAUCAUCGGACACUGCUAAUCAAGACGAAAACAAUCCUUCCAAAUCAAUCGACGAUCAAACGAGUAACGACUGGGUCAACGAAAACGCUGAUCUCAAAAACGAAACCGUAGAAUCGAACAUACCAAUUGAUACAGCCAAAGCUGUCAAUUUCGUUCUAAACAGUUUAGGAAAGACACCAUCGAGACGUACAGUCAUUGACGAAAAUAAAGAAAAUAUUAGAUUAUGUUGGUCAGAACCGGAAGAUCCUACGGUAGAUUAUAAUUUAAAUAAUUCCUGUUUGGAAAAGAAAAUUCAUUGUCAAGAAAAGUGUCACACCAGGACUAACUCUCUAGAUGAAAAUUCAUCGUUCAAGGAUAUAGAAGUUAUAGACAAGUAUACGAAAACUUCGUUGCAAAAUAUAUUCUUCGAGCACAAAAGUAAUCGAUUAUUGAAAGCUUCGGACAAGGCCAAAUCCGAUGGUACUUUGCAAACUCGUCGGGACAGGUCAUCAUCUUCCGGUCGAGGUGAACAAGGAAAGAAGAAUAAAGAAAGAAGAAGAAGAAGAUCUUCGAACGAAAAUCGUCUUAUUGGUUUUGACGAGAAAACCGAAGAUUUUCGUAAGAAGAUUGAAAGCAUGGUGUCACAUCGUAGAUCAACUAUUUCCACUUUGGAUUAUCAUAGGAAAACAACGAAAACGUCUACGGAAUCCAUUGACAGAGAAAGAUCACGUUCCCGUGAUAGAUCACCUAACAGAUCCUCAAAAAGGAUUUCUUCGUCGAUGGAAAGAAUCCACGAGAAGGAUUCCGCUGGUGGUAAAAAUUGUGAAAAGAAAAAAAGAAAAAAGGUAUCGGGUAGAUCGCAAAGUUCAUCGGACAAUGCUUUGGUCCCAAGCAAGUUGAUAUCAUUGUCCUUGUCUCUGUUAUUGGCAGCACUUUUACAAGCAGUGAGAUGUCUCACUGAUCUCGUUGAAGAUGCCUUUAGAUCUGUCAGUUAUGACAGAAGUGGCCUAUUACAAUAAGGACUUGCUCGCGAAUUAAAAUACACUUGUAUGGGUUCCAUUGUUCUACGAAAUCUCACCAUCGAUAUCUCAAUAUUCCACAAUAUCUAGUUCCCUUAAUUAUAAUCAUUAGAAAAUUCCCUAGAUUUACUAGAAAUUAAUCAACGUCAUAAUCAUUAUAACUUUCGUUUCACGAAAUACAUUCGACCGAGUAAUCGCAAUUUUUGAUGAUAUUGAUGAAAAAUGUCUCGAUGUUAAAAUUGCUAUUUCUUACGAUACAACGAAUAAGGGCUGAAAUUGAUUCGAGUGAUAUUUAAAGUACGAGUGAAAUUCGAUAUUCAUAUUUGCCCUGAUCCUCAUCAGUAAAAACUAUAAAAUAAUCAUCAUUGCGCCAUUUCACAGCGUUCGAGCAAUAUUUUAUUUAAUCGACGAUUCAAUUUUUUAUUUACACCAAUCACAAUUAUGUGCUUUCAAAUAUAAUUGAUUUAUAUUUAUUAUUAGUUCGUUUACAAAAUUAAAGUUAUUGUCGUAGUAAAAAUUACUAUGAUUUGAUGAAUCAUUGACAAAUUACUCCAUCAAAUCAUUACUCAUCCCACAUAACAAUUAAAUUGAUUUGUCAAUGAUAAAACUUUACCCCAUUAAAUUAUCUAAAAUAAUUUAUUUACCGUACCAUCAACAAAAUCUUACAAAUAAUUAAUUAAAAAUUAAAUCAAUAAUAUAAAAAACAAAAUAUUGUUCAACGCCCUUAACUCUAGUGCACAUUUCUGGAACAACGUGUUUACUUUACCAUAAUAAUAAUAAUAAUAAUAUCAAAUCAAGAGACAAAAAAAAUCAUAAAAAUAUUCGAUUUUAAUGAUAUCGAAUCCUUCGUAAAAAUAAAAAAGUUUCAAGUAAUCGACUCGUACACAUUCGGUGUGACAAAUACUUAGAUAUGCAUACCGCCUAUUUUUUAGAUCUUUUUUUCUUUUUUCUUAAAUCUCUUUUCUCUCUUUUUCUGUUUUAUUAUUUUUCAUAAUCUACGAGGCAAACUCUACCGUCUAUGAUCGCAAUCGUCCCACAGCUAUAGCUGCCUUCUGUGAUAAACGCUACGCUUUCGAAAUCUACGUAAAAAAAGACAUUUAAAAUAAAAAUAAAAAUACACAUUUUUUCGGAAAUCGAGUAUCGAAAUUCAUCAUUGUAUGUCGAAGGAACGGAUGCUAAUUUUUUUCCUUAUAUAUAUAUAUAUAUACUUACAUAUAUGUACAUAAAUAUAUAAAUAUAUAUAUGCAUGAAAGUAAGUACGUACGUAUGUAUGUGUGUGUAUGCAUGCAUGUAUGAUGGUAUGGCCUAGAUUCGACUUAGAACGUGAGCGAACCAAAGUGUAUAGAAAAGUUUCGAUUGAGCAUUCAACGUGACGAGGAAUGCUAGAAAGGUGCUAGAAAAAAAAGAAAAAAAGAAUAAAGCCUUAAAGUGGCUUUAAAAAUGGCGUAAUGUGAACAAAAUUGCGAUUCACUAUGUUAAAGGAGAGUGACUUGUCUAUUGUAAAACGUGUGAACAUUCCUAUAUUCUUCCUUUUUUCCUACGUUAAGAAGAAUAGAAAUAAAAAAAGAUAAAUAAAGUGAGUGAAAGAGAGAGCGAGAGAGAGUAAGAAUGAGAGCGAGAGUGA